UUGAAUUCGCUUAUUCGAUACCACGACCGAAACCAAAACUACUCUUUCGUUUUUAGUUUUUUUAGUUAACUCUUUUAUUUAUAUUAGUUGCAACGACUUUCAAUUAGUUUUAAUUGUAAAAUUUUAAUGCUUAACGUGUACACGACUGUGUUCUAAUCAAGUGCCUUACAAGCUGUACGCGUAAAGCUUGAAAAAAACGCGAGUAACUAAAAACCAAUUGUGUAAUUUACAUGCAAAUGUCUUUGGUACCUGCUUCCCAACAACAGCUACAGCAACAACAUCAGCUUAGCCAAAGCCAAUAACAGCAACAAUAGCAGCAGCGUGUCUCACGCAUAGUUUCAACAACGGCACGGAAAUGCCACUGAAAUUCUUCAAAAAAUGUCGACAAUAUAAUGUGACGUCCAAAAGUUUAUUUGUAAUAUCUGUGCAUCAUUUGCUAGAUUCGUCCAGCACCGUAGACUGUACCAUCAGCUCGGAGAGCAAGGGCCAAGAGUGUCUGGACAAUGUGUGCCAACGUCUGCUCAUCCAACAACCGGAAUUCUUUGGUCUGCGCUAUCUGGUCAAGGAUAAGGAGGACGAAUACAAAUGGAUCGAUCUGGAGCGUUCACUGAGCCGCCAGCUGGAGAAAUAUGCAGCCGCAGCCAAGAUGUAUCUGCGAGUGCGGCAUUAUGUGACCACCGGAGUGCGACAUUUGACGGAUGAGGCGACGCGCUUCUAUUACUUUCUGCAGCUGAAGAGCGACAUCUAUGAGGGACGCAUUGCCUGUGACAUACGCACUGCGAUCCUGCUGGCGUUGUACUGUCGCCAGGCGGAGUACGACAGCUAUCAGGGUGACAAGCAGUCGAAGGACUAUCUGAAAAAGUCGCUGGUGCUGCCGCGCAACAUGCAGGGAUUGGCCAAUGAUGACAACAUGUUGGAUGGCCUCAUAAUGGAGGUGUUGCAACAGCACGCGGGUCUGGCGCAUCUCAAUCAAUGCCAGGCCGAGGAGAUGUACAUUCAGUGCUGUCAGCAGCUCGAUGGCUAUGGCGAGGAACGCUUUGCGGCCAAGGAUACGCUGGGCAACGAUCUGCUGUUGGGUCUGGCCAUCAAUGGCAUGGUCGUGAAUGCGGACAAUGGUCGGCAAUACUUUCCCUGGAAGGAGUUUCACACGGUGACGAUCGAUAAGCGCACGAUUAAAAUCGAGCAGAAUAAACUCGAUGGCGAUGGCAGCAUUGUGGGCAGCUUCAUCUUCAGCGAGGCGGACAUUGCACGCUACUUCUGGAAGCUGUGCAUCACGCAGCACAAGUUCUUCAAGCGCUACAUCGACACAGACACGCCUUCGAGUUUGGGCAGCAGUGGCGCUGAUAUGGAGAGCAACAAUGGCAUCUCGAGUGCUGCGGAUAGCGGGGGUUAUGUGGACUACGACUAUGUGGCUGAGCAGCAGCAACAGCAGCAGCAGCAACAACAGCAGCAGCAACAGUUGCAGCUGCAUCAUCAGCAACAGCAACAACAACAGCAGCAGCAACAGCAACAACAGCAACUGCUUUCAUCCAACAUCUCGCUAGCGGCCAGUCACAGUCACAGCCAAUUGCUGGGCCAGAGCAGCAGCUGCCUGGAUUUGAGCAACAACAAUCUGCACAGCAGCAACAGCAUGUUGCACCACAGCAACAGCAACAACAUCAAUGCCAGCAGCAAUCUCGUUGCCGACACACACGAAAGAGAGCGUCUUAAAGCAAUGCUGCCCACUUAUCGUCCUGCGCCGGAUUACGAGACCGCUGUGCAGCUGAAAUAUCGCACGCCAUCCGCCGAACUGCACAAUGUUGCUUUGGCUCUAGCUACGCCCGGGAAUGCAGCUGCUUAUUACGCCGGAUCGCAGCCCGAUGUGCACAACUCGGCUGUGUAUGGCGAGAGUCUGUUGUAUGGCCAUCACUUGACGGCAGCUCAUCGUUAUCCGGAUGUGGCACAACCCGCAGCUGCGUUGCAUGCGCAUCAUCAUCAUCUCAACUUCUAUCAGACUCAGCAGCAGCAACAGCAACAACAGCAGCAGCAACAGCAGCCAGCUGCUUACUUGGAGCUAUCCCAGCGCAUGCACAUGAUGCGCCACAAGGCGCCGCCGCCUUAUCCGGUGAAUCGCUUGAGUUCCUCGUCCACGCCAGACUUGGCGGUGGCAUCGCCACGUCCAUUACAGGGUUAUCGCAAUUAUGUGUCUGGUUCAUCGCCCGAUCUCGUGUCCAAUCGCAAUCUGCUCAAUGGCGGACAGUUUGUGGCGUUGGCCACAGCGGGAGGAGGAAGCGGGGUGCAUGGCGGCAAUAUGCCGACAUCUUCGGGUGCCACAAUGAUGUAUCCAUACAUUGGGCACAUGGGACACUCGCAGCCUUACCUGCCGCCACAUGGCACCUUCGAGAAUCUGAAUAUGAUCGAGGAGCAGCCGUCCAUAAUGUCGCAACUGCGUCAAUCGGCCAUGAGUCAAGCAGCAGCUGCAGCAGCCGCUGUGCAAAGUUCACCCACUUUGCCGCCCAGUGGCUAUCGCAGCUCGGCACCGCCGCCAGCAAGCAGUCCACAGCCGGGGGCAGUGACUCCGACGCCUUUGCAGCGCAGCGCCAUGAACGGCUCCAUUGAGCCCAUCUAUGAGAAUGUGCCGCUGCCCAUGCCGCAACACCAGCAGCAGCCGCAACGCGCUAGCGGCGGCAGCAACAGCAAUGUGGAUGCCAUGCGCCAACGCGCCUCCUCCAUACAGUCAGCGCCGCCAGCCGUGGCGCCUGUGCCUGCGGCAAGACAUGGUAGCAACAAUAAUAAUAAUAACAACAAUGUUGUAACGCUGACUGUGAAUGCGCAGCCAGAUGAUGAGAUUACCAGAAAUAUUAAAAAGUAUGGCGCCGAUCGAGCAGCGAGCACAGAGCUGCAAUUUCUAGAGCCACAGGCACCACAACGUGCCGCACGUGCGGCGAGUGCAGCACCAGCAAUUGGUGCAACGCCUCCGCCGCGUCAACAUCGCUCCACAGCAAGUCUGAACAAGUCAACGGUGGAUGUGAUUUCGCCAGCGGGUGACUCGCUGCAUCAGCAAUUUAGUGCCAUGAAUCUGUCCGGCAAUACGUCGGCCUCAACGUCCUCCAUGUUCAACUCGACGCUGGACACAACGGGCUCCUCGUCGGCCAGCAAGGAGGUAAAGCGACGUCGUCGCUGGAAUAUUUUGUCGCGCAGCAAAACGCCGGAUAAACAAAAGUCGGCGACAUUGGGACGCGAGAAGGCAAACACUUCGGCAGCGCAGCAAGCGAAACUGGCGACCAAAAUGAAGCUGGCGCAGGACGAUCUCAAUUUGCCGCAUCGUUGGUCGACGGGAGUCAGCAAGCCGCAGCCCAUUUCGGGGCAGUAUUCCAAGGAUAAAUUGUGCCAGAUAUUAAACGAGAAGCUGCAGGAUGCGCAGCUGUUCAUGGAGUUCGAGCGCAUACCGAAGAGACGUGAGCAUGCCCAAUACGAUUGUGCGCUGCUCGAGGAGAAUGAGCUAAAGAAUCAUGAUCCCAACUUUCUGCCAUACGACGACAAUCGUGUUCGUCUCACGCCCUCAAUGGACAAUCGCCAUGGCUAUGUGAAUGCCUCAUCUAUAUCCGCCACUGUGGGCAACAAACAGCGCUUCUACAUUGUCGCCCAAUCACCGCAGGAGUCGCAAACGAUGCGCAUCUUCUGGCAAUGCGUGUGGGAGGCCGAUGUGUAUUUGGUGGUGCAGCUAACCGAGGACAUGAGCUACAUACCGCUCAGCAGCCAAGGCAGCUUGGAGUUUGGUCAGUUCCAGGUUUAUCAGGAAUUCUCACAAACCACCGAUCGCUGCACCACCAGCAAGCUGCGUUUGUAUCAUGCACCUUCGCGCCGCUAUCGCUCCGUGUGGCAUUUGAAGUAUGCCGAUUGGGCGGAACAGAAUUGCCCGCGUGAUGUCAAUCACUUUCUCGACUUUCUCGAGGAGCUCAAUUCAGUCAGAUUGGCGUCGACAAACGAGGUGCCACCUGGACACAACACAAAUCCGCCAGUGCUCAUACAUUGCCUAGAAGGAGGCGGACGUUCAGGUGUUACGCUGACAGCGGAUCUAUUGCUCUACACCCUGGAUCACAAUGAGGACUUGGAUAUACCGCGAGUCAUAGGGCAGCUGCGGCAUCAGCGGGACAGCAUUAUACCAUCGCUGGCGCAAUACAAGUUCAUCUAUAAUCUGCUCAUCACGUAUUUGAAGCGAACGAGGUUGAUCUAACUUCGAACAUCCAAUCAACGUCCAUUCGUAGUAUUUUUCGCAAUUUAAGCUUAACCUAUGACUAACUCAACAAACGAAUCGAACAACUUUCUCAUAACGAGUAUUGCAGACUUGUUCUUCCAAUGGGGCAGCUAUUAUAUUAUUAUAUAUACAUAUAUAUAUUAAACCACCAAUUUGAUGUGUAUUGACGUUGUGAUCCCAAUUUGUUAACGCGUAAGUUUUCUUUUGAAUUUGUUACCAAGAUGUAAGCGCGCGCGCUCCACCCUCAAUGCAAAAAACUAACAUUUGUGUUAAUCAUAGUGCUUAGGUUUAAAGCCAAAUUAUUUAUACACAUUUUUUUAAACUGAACCAAUCGAUAUGCAUUACGCAACGCAAAGCAAAGCAAUAAAAAAUUACAAUUAUACAACAUUUUCAAUCAAUCUCAGGUGUUUUUCUUUUGUUUUUCAAUACUGCAUGUAUUUGCCUUUUUCAAAGCCAUGUGCAUACCAUAUAUAGUACAUAUUUUUGACAUAUAUAAUACACAUACACAUAGAUUCUUAAAUGAAUUAAUACACAAAUUGAGUUAUACGAUUUUAAAUGAUUUGUAAAUAUUUUAUUUAAGCAAUUCUCGUUUUCUUUAUUUGCGACAUUUUCCUUUUUUGGGGGGAAUUAUUUUGAUAAAAACUCAGAAAAUAUGAUAUGCCUUUUUUGUUUUGGAAAAACGAUUUUGUAGAUGACAGAAGACAUAAAGGGAAGCCUCUUUGUUUUUGUGAUUUAAUUUUGAAAAGUCUUAUGGUUAAUCGGACUUAUUGAAUUGAGUCGAAAUCUUUUGUGGUAUUGCUAGAUAGCUUUUAUCUUUCAGUCUAUCCAAAAGAUCUAUCAAGAAA